GGAAUAAACUGUACACUUGUCAAUUUCUUGUCAAAGUAGAUUUGUAAGCGACGGCAUCUCGGUACUUAUUUUUUUAGAAAACAUUCGUCGAAAUGGCAGAAUCAGUUACAGAAAUCCCUAUAAAUCUUCAAGAGAGUGUUAAAGAAACAUUAAAAAAUGUUACGGAUAAGCCUCCAAGCAGUAUCGAGGGUAUCGCGAUAGCUUACUUGAGUUUAGUUAUAAUGGCUAUAUUACCCAUAUUUUUCGGGUCUUUUAGAUCUGUGAAGUAUCUCAAAGAACAAAAGGAAUCGGGGCAAGCCACAGAGACGAUGUCGAACAAGGACGCUCUGAUGUUCCCGCUGAUAGCGUCGUGCGCUCUGUUCGCUCUCUACAUCUUCUUCCAAUUCUUCUCCAAGGAGUACAUCAAUCUGCUGCUCACGGGAUACUUCUUUUUCCUUGGCGUCCUGGCUCUCAGUCAUCUUCUUAGUCCUAUAAUAUCAUUCAUGGUGCCCGCGUCUGUGCCGAAUGUGCCCUACCACAUCCACUUCACACGCGGAUCGAGGGAUUCCCUCACGGACAUAGUCAACUACAAGUUUACGUCGUAUGACGUCAUCUGCCUCAUCAUCUCCCUGUGCCUCGGGGGGUGGUACCUCUUCAAAAAGCACUGGAUCGCCAACAACUUGUUCGGGAUAGCGUUCGCCAUCAACGGCGUGGAGCUCCUCCACCUGAACAACGUGGUGACCGGCUGCAUCUUGCUCUGCGGAUUGUUCCUCUACGACAUCUUCUGGGUUUUCGGCACAAACGUAAUGGUCACAGUCGCCAAGUCUUUCGAAGCGCCGAUUAAAUUGGUGUUCCCCCAAGACCUCCUAGUCAACGGAUUGAACGCCAGCAACUUCGCGAUGCUCGGUCUCGGCGACAUAGUCGUGCCCGGCAUCUUCAUCGCCCUCCUGCUACGCUUCGACAAGUCGCUGAAACGCGGCUCGGAGUUCUACUUCCGCGCGACGUUCUCGGCGUACAUCCUGGGGCUGCUGGCCACCAUCCUGGUGAUGCACGUGUUCAAGCACGCGCAGCCGGCGCUGCUGUACCUGGUGCCGGCCUGCCUCGCCACGCCGCUGACACUCGCGCUUCUCAGGGGAGAUAUCAACGCGCUGUUCAAUUACGAAGACCAGCCAGCGAUCCCCGAAGCCGGAAGUAGCGGGAAGUCGAAGAAGACUGAGUAGACGCCAUCACAGCGUGUCACAACAUACCAGCGUUUAAGUACACGACCACACACGCCAUACUUAUAUUAUGUACAGUCAGCAUAUCAAGCUAUACCUUCAUAGAAUUCGGAAUAAUUUAAGACUAUAAAAGCGGAAAGUGCACAGUCAGUACUCUUCAACCACCGUCAAUGUGUUGAAAACUGCCGAUGAUACAUCAUUCCUACAGUUUCAAGUGCAAUACGUUACGUCAUUUAUAUUAUCUUUAUUAUACCGAUUUAUAGGAGUUGUCAGUUACGUUUCAGUAAUGGACUAAGGGCCCGUUUAAAUUUUUCAUCUCUAGCGAUUGGGCAGGCGCAAGAAAUCUGUUUAAACAAUGACGAAAAUAUAAGCCAUAUUUAAAAAAAAUGCCCUAAUUGAGUACCAAACUUCUAUUUAAAUAUCCGCGUCUUAAGAAGGACCAAAAACAAAUUUAAACAAGAAUACGCCUUAAAUUGGUGUGGCUUGAUAUGUAGCGUUUGUACACACCUGUACUUCAAUCAUGCAAAUUAUUUUUGUCAUAUUAUCUUUGACAGCUGCAUAUUGCACAUUCUAUUUACAAUAGUAUUAGUUUCUUAAAUAAUAUAAUUCGUAAAUCAGUAAAGAAACUUUAUUUCAAUAGAAAUAAAACGCAAAUUGCUGUCAAUAAGGAAUUAACUUGGACAGGGUAUGAUUUUAUACUUUCCGUUCGCGUCCAUUCGAGGUUCACGCGUUGACUUUACGAAAAGUUAUGGUUUUGUAAAACAUUUGCAUUCGAGAGGAGCCAAGCUCUUACACGGAAUGAAGAGACUUAUCAUUGAAGCAAGUCAAUUUUCCAAACUUACUUAAAGGUAAAAUACACAAAAAUGCACGCCAAAAUUUAAUGGAAACAAGUGUUUUAUAUUAUAAUGUUCAUUCAUAAUUAUUGACACAUUGGAAGUUGUGAUUUAUGCACAUAUACAUACAACACAAAUUAUCCUAAAUGUGCGUUUUUCAUUUGUCAUAGCUAUUACAUUGUAAAAGUCAGCGCGCGAAUCGUUGGUAGGUACAUUUUAUUAUUUGAACUACGACGAACGCGGGACCAUGUAAACCCGUUUAUUCUGGCAUUUUGAAAAUCUUCAAUGGAUUAAAGUCCAUAUUCCAUUCCAAUAAGAUUCAUUGUAUAACUUCCUCGUCGUAUCUUCCAUUGGGAUUAUUUAAAAGUAGGGUAGGUUUAAAUUGCCUAUUCUUUAGACAUGGCUGAAGUUAACAAUGUUUUAACUUUCUCUCAGCAAGAAAAAUAACCACAAUUAUUGUAAUUUACUAUGACAAAUUAAGAUUUGAAAUGACAAAAUACAAAUAUUACCUCCGGGUUUAAAAUUAUAUUUUAUAAUUUGUAAAUUAAACAGAAUAUGUAGUUAUGCUUAAAACUUAUUUUCGUAAACGAGUUAAUUAAUGAUUUUGUUUUCAAGAUUCUUUAUAUCUUUGGCGAUGUCUAAAUAAUAUAACGAUGCAAUCGCAUAAUUUAUUAGGUUGUAUAUUACAAUUUUUAGAAUAUUGAUGUUGAAAAUUAAUGGAGACUUUCUCUUGUUUUUUACUUAUCUUUUUUAUACAUUUUCUUUUGUUCAAAGUUCUAUUUCUUACUUUAAGUAUAUACAUAUAUAAAUUAAAAUGUAAACUGUUGUAUACUAUUUUGUUUUCGUAAAAAUAUAAGCAAUAAAGUUUAUUUAUGUUACACUUUCAGACAAGUUACCAACUGUCGUAUUCACAAAUAUUUCUAUAUAUCAAUGAUUUUUUUGGGUUCUCGUAUUCCUAAUUAUGAUGUUUAAGAUAAUACAAUAAAUAUUUUCAAUAUAUAAAGCAGACUUGUUUAUUCCGCUAAUGGAUAGUGUACUUAUAAUGCCUCGAAAAUUCUAAAUUUUAUCGGGUCAACGCCCAAGGAAUCGGCGUGAACUUCGCUUUAGAGAGCACCGAAGAUCAAUUUAUUAUACUGUUGCCUCGGAUAUUUUUUUGUCAAAGAAAAAUGUGUGUGUUAUUAAACCACUGACUGCAUUUGGGCUAUUUUUUUUUAAUUAUAAAUAGAGAAGAAUUAAGAAAAUAAGCGGGACUUGUGGUUCUUGAAUAUAGUUAUAUUACAAAAUACGUCUAAAUGAUAAAAUUUCUGGUCUAUUAUCCCCUCAACAGUCCGAUUGACUUGUAUUUUUAUCAUUUAGGCGCAUUUUGUAAUCUAACUUCUGUAACUUUGGUCGGUGACCCUAAAGAGCGAAUGUGGUCUAAAAAAUAUAUUAAAAUUACCUUUUUAUGUUAUUUCUAGCGGGUUUAGGCGAUUCUGCCUUUAGAUGAAAUGAUAUGAACUAACAAAAUAUAUCAGGAAAGUAGUAUUUUUCUUUUUGGCAUUUAUUUUUGAUAAUACUUGUAUCUCUACAUAUAAUAGACCACUUUUGCCCAAUUAUAUUUUGGAAAUUUAUAUUUUGUAAUAAUAUUUCGGUCUUGAUAAUGUGGACAUUAAAUGUGGGUAAAAAUAAAUAGGGUAAUGUUAGCGUAAACACGUAUAUUAGGUGUAUCUUAUAACAGGUUAGCCUCCGGCUAUACAUGACAUUUUCAAUCCGCCAUUUUGGUAUAUAAUUCUGUAAUAAACGAACUUGACGUA